GCCACUGUUACCCCACCACACUGCACCACACCACAUAGUAUACUGCCUCAGGUCGCGUAACCCCGCGACACCUUCGACUCUCUCAUAGUCAUGUCCGAUGAUUUGUGGAAAAUCAUGUUUGGCGAGUAUCCGCCGAGCGGACAGAGGGCUAGCGACUUCGUUAGCAGCAUGCAGCAUGCAGGAGGUGCUCAGAGCGAGGCUGAGGGACAAGCGCGCAGGUGCGUCCAGGAUUAUAGGUCCCUAUCGCGACCUGCAGACUGAGACCACCCCAGCGAGCUGCAAUGGUUUGACCCUUACGCUAGCGAGGACUCCAAGCCGCCGUCGGAUGGGCUGCUGCAGCUCACCGGUCCACAUCUUCCCUCGAGCGACAGCCGUUUGGACCCUCUGCCGUCUCUCUCUGGGCUCGGUGAUAGCCUUCAGUCUUUUGGUUUGCCAUCUAUGCCCCGUAAGUUAUCACCGAGCCUAUAAGCAAUACCGUCUCUUUUAUUCGUCGUUGUUUAGCCACUGGCGUCCACCAGCCCCCAGCUCUUCUACUACCGGAACAGCAGCCUACCGGCGAUUACGCGUCGUAUCGCGACUCUUCGGAUCCCUACCUAUCGGACAGCAGCACCCCGUUCUCCACGGCAUCACAGUCGUUGAGUGGCUCAUCGCCGGCGAGCUUGAUGCCUCCCACCCCCGGCGGGCUUUGGCU